AUGGAUCUUCUUUAUGCUUUUCUUGUUUUGCUUUCUCUUAGUGAUGGCUUCAGCCCUAAUUGUGCUGGAAGGUGCAGCUGUGAUUCUGCUCAGUCGGUUCAAUGCUAUAGACUAACAGAGCUGCCGGCAGGCAUUCCUUCCACCACCAAGAAGCUCUACAUUAGCCACAGCAAAAUCCACCACCUCAAGCUAUCUAACUUCACCAGACUGUUGGAACUAGAGGAAUUUAUUCUGCUGGCCAGUGGAACUGAGACUGUAGAAAAUGAUACUUUCAAAAUGCUGAGUACCUUGAAGACUUUAGAACUCUGGAAAAAUAAGAUAAGGCGAGUCCCCAGUGUUCUCCCAGCCAGUCUGGAAGUGUUAAAACUAAAUGAUAAUUCAAUAUAUGUGCUGCAGAGAUCAGAUUUUGAAGGAUUGAGGAAAUUAAAAAUCCUUGAACUUAAAAACAACCUGCUCUCUUCCCUCUCUUCCAGCAUGCUCUCUUCUCUGGCCAAUUUGCAAAGUUUGACAGUGGAUGGCAAUAACAUAGAGUCUGUAGCUGGCCCCAUGGCCCUUCCCCAGCUGAAACUCAUGAGCAUGGAGAAUAACAACCUCCAUCAUAUACCUGCUAGCUUCUUUACUUCUCUGCAGUCUUUGCAGUUUCUUAGUUUCAGUGGUAACUUUCUGACAAAAAUCCCUGUUAAUCUACCGAAAUCUCUGUUAUCUUUAAAGCUGGAGAGGAACAGGCUCAAAGUAGUUAGGGUACAAGAUAUAAAACACUUGGAGAAUCUUUCCCAUCUUUACUUGUCAGAGAACUUCCUCUCUUCCAUUGAUGGGGCACAGAUUCUUGCAAAUUUAACCACUCUGGAAGCAUCCCAAAACCAACUUCAAAUGUUGCCAUUCAGACUACCAUCAAGGCUACAGAAACUUGACUGCAGCAAUAAUUUGAUUCAGAGAGUUACAGCGCAAGACUUUCUGGAUCUCCGAGACUUGAAACAUCUGUUUCUGGAUAACAACAUUGUGAGCUUGUUUGAAGCUGGAGCCCUUCAGAGAUGUUCUCAGCUGUCCAACUUGGCAUUGGAGCAGAACCUGCUAAUGUCUAUACCUCUAAGGCUCCCAGAGACCUUAGCUAGGCUGGACCUAAAAGGCAAUGUCAUCCAGGAUAUUGCUGAAAGGGAGCUCAAGGACCUCAAACAGCUUCAGGUUCUGAACCUGAGAAACAACAAGAUUUCUGCCUUAGACCUCAAAGCAUUAGAGGGUCUGCCUCGCCUCCGCCAUCUAUACCUGGAUGGAAAUCCGUGGAACUGCACCUGCAGUCUGCUGAGAGCCAGGGAGGUCCUGAAGGCCAAGGGUACAGAUGUGAAGGGAGGACAGUGUGCAGCCCCAGCAGAACGCCAAGGGGAGAGCUGGAUGUCUUCCAAGAAGAUCCUGAGGCAAUGUGAGCAUCACUUAAACUCGACUGAGAAAAGCAAAGAGUCCCGAAAGAAACCAAAACCCGAAGACUCCUCCAGCAUCAAAAUCAGCAUGGAUGAUGACGAUGAGGAUUAUGAAAUAGAUUAA